CGGAAGUGUUAUUGUUACUCCUAGCACGAUUGUUUCGAAAUCAUAGAAACGAGUAAGUGAGCUAUAUGUAUUAAAUCAUGUGACAGUAUUAAACUAUUUUUAAUAACUGACAGGGGUGGUCGUGUGUUUUGUGAAAUAUGUUGUUAUUUUAGUUAGUAAAACACAACCAAAAUAGGAUUUAUUGUUUCGUGCCUGAUUCGUAGUCAUGGGUCGGAGGGAGUCGGAUGAUAUAGAUCACAGAUCCAAGAGCAGAAACAGAGAAGAUAGAAAAUCACUCAAACGGAGCUCUGAGAACAAAACAAAAAGAAGUCGUACUUCAUCAUCCUCGAGCUCAUCUUCCCCAUCCAGUCACAGAGAAGUCAAAAAGAAAAAGAAGAUAAAACGAAGUCGGAGUUCAUCUUCAUCUUCAAGCUCGUCCUCUUCAUCCAGUCACAGAAAUGCCAAGGAGAAGAAAAAGAAGCUAAAAAGAAGUCGGAGUUCAUCAUCAUCCUCAAGCUCCUCUUCCUCAUCCGGUAGUAAAGAGGCCAAGAAGAAGAAAAAGAAGCGCAAAGAGGCCAAGAAGAAACUGAAGAAUAAAAAGAAAAAGAAAGAGAAAGAGAAAAAAGUAAAAAAGGUGCAAAAGAAGCUUGAAGAAACAGCUCUCGUUCCUCUCGUAAAGCCUCAACCGUAUCUGCAGACGUGGCAGUGUGAAGAUCAUGGGCCUGACAUGACUGAUGAGCACAAGGCCAGACUUCAGACCAGGAGACCACUGACAAAGGAAGAAUACGAGGCCAGACAGAGCGUCAUCCGUCGUGUCAUUGAUCCUGAAACAGGCCGUACCAGGGUUAUAAGAGGAGAAGGGGAAAUUUUAGAAGAGAUCGUCAGCAAGGAACGACACAAAGACAUCAACAAGCAAGCCACAAAGGGAGACGGUGAUGCCUUUCAGAAGAGAUUAGGGAUCAGCAGGUAGCAAGAAGAGCAGCGCUGAUUCUACAGACUUAACACUGAAAAAUCCUCAAGGAAUCCUCAACUUUCUCCUGCUUCAGCAGUUUUAAAAGAAUACAAUUUCUAUUGUGCUAUUUUUCUGUUAGGUUUGGACUCCACAUAAUAAUGUCAUGGAAAUCUGGUUGCAUUCUUACAUUUUAUAUCAGAUGUUGUGUAAUAAUAAGUAUGAUUAAUGCAUAUUUACAUUAAAACACUGUUUCUCUUCA